CAUGCAUAAAUAAAUCUUUUAAAAAAGAAAGGAAAGAAGAAACUGGGACAUGGAGGGACUCCAAAAACAAAAUGAGGUCAGGCAGUCUGGUGCCCAGAGUCCUCCAGCAGACAGGGAGCAGAGGUACAGAGGUGCCAAAGCCUUUGCCUGGAGCCCAUCACGCAGCCAUGCUCACAGAGCACAGGGCAUAAAAAGCGCUGCAAGGGCGUGGAGUAAGGAGGACCCACGUUAAUAAUUACCCGCGGCCACCGGAUCUCUGCCCCGCCCCCGCGGUGGCCUGCUGCCUGCCGGCCGCUCUCCCUCGCUGACGCCACCUGCUUCCCGCACUGGACAUGGCUGGCAAGGCACACAGGCUGAGUGCUGAGGAACGGGACCAGCUGCUGCCAAACCUGCGGGCUGUGGGGUGGAAUGAACUGGAAGGCCGAGAUGCCAUCUUCAAACAGUUCCAUUUUAAAGACUUCAACAGGGCUUUUGGCUUCAUGACAAGAGUCGCCCUGCAGGCUGAAAAGCUGGACCACCAUCCCGAGUGGUUUAACGUAUACAACAAGGUCCAUAUCACCUUGAGCACCCACGAAUGUGCCGGUCUUUCUGAACGGGAUAUAAACCUGGCCAGCUUCAUCGAACAAGUUGCUGUGUCUAUGACAUAGAUCUACCCUGCCUCCUAUUUCCUUAGGGGAAGGAGUGACUAGAGGAGGAACCCAGGGAGGGAACCAAGGAGGCUGGCCCUUGCUCCCUGACUCUUGCGGUGACCACCAUCUCCGUCAGGGAGGGGUAUGAGUCCCUCCCUGUGCAGAACGAUGCCAAUGUUCCUGGUGCCAGCCUCCUCACUGGGGCUCUGCCAUGUUAUAAUUUGAAUAAGCUCUCCCUUUUUCUGUAGAGCUCCUAGCCUCAGUUGUGUCCCAGGCUGCCUCUUGCUCCUUGUCUACCGGUUCUAGUUAAUUUUCCAAGUAGCUGUGAUAAAGCAUGACAGAAAGUCCAAUUCAGACCCUACUACUAAAACAAACCCCAAUAUAUUAUGGAAACAGUGCUUUUAUGCCUCCAAUAAAACCAUGCUAUCGAUGGGCUCAG